GCUCGCUCCCGCUCCGGCUCCGGCUCCUGCUCGCUCCCGCUCGCUCCUGCUCCCGCUCAGGCUCGCUCCCGCUCCGGGGCGGGCGGUAUUUCGGGGUCGAGCUCCUCCUCCACCCCCCUCCCUGACAGAGAGUGCGGGGAAGCGGUGGACUCGGGACGCGCAGUGGAUUUAAAUAACGACGCCGUUAACAAGAGAGUAAUUAUAACAGCAAUAACAGUAGCAGCAGCCGCUGGUUUAAAGACGCGCACAGACAGAGCCGCUCGGCGUCCGCCGCUUUGCCCAGGACAACUGGAUAUGCUGCCCUGACAAUGAGUUAACUGGUGCCCUCUUGCUGUGAUACAAGGACACUGAUGGUAUGGGAAUUAUGGACCAAGCCAACGGGCAGUCGAGCGUUGUCCACUUCAGUGCUGCUGCUUCAGAGAGAAGCAGCAGCUCCGAGUCCCUGAGUGAGAAAGGGUCUUCUGAGCUGAAGAAGAGUUUCGAUGCAGUGGUGUUUGACAUCCUCAAGGUGACGCCAGAGGAAUAUGCUAGUCAGAUAACUCUGAUGGACGCUCCAGUUUUCAAAGCUAUUCAGCCUGAGGAGCUGGCGAGUUGUGGCUGGAAUAAAAAAGAAAAGUACAGUUCUGCACCUAACGCUGUCGCCUUUACAAGGAGGUUUAACCUUGUCACCUUCUGGGUGGUUCGGGAAAUUCUUCACGCUCAGACACUGAAAAUAAGAGCAGAAGUGUUGAGUCAUUAUAUUAAAACAGGAAAGAAACUCUGUGAGCUCAAUAAUCUCCAUGCACUGAUGUCUGUAGUGUCUGGUUUACAAAGCGCACCGAUCUUCAGACUAACCAAAACGUGGGCGCUCCUAAGUCGGAAAGAUAAAACUACCUUUGAAAAAUUAGAAUACCUGAUGGCUAAGGAAGAUAAUUACAAACGGCUCAGAGAAUACAUCAGCACCUUGAGCAUGACUCCCUGUAUCCCUUAUUUGGGGAUGUAUCUGUCGGACCUGACCUACAUCGACUCUGCCUACCCCUCCACAGGAAGCAUCCUGGAGAACGAGCAAAGAUCGACUUUAAUGAACAACAUCCUGAGAAUCAUCUCUGACCUGCAGCGAUCCUGCGAGUAUGAUAUACCAGUAUUGCCUCAUGUUCAGAAGUACUUCAACUCUGUCCAGUACAUUGAAGAACUCCAGAAAUUUGUAGAGGAUGACAACUACAAGCUGUCCCUGAAGAUCGAGCCAGCCACAAGCACCCCUCGUUCCACAGCAUCUCGGGAGGAUUUAGUAGGUCCCGACGCAGUGGCCUCCCCCCAGAGUGGCCGGCGUAAUGUAGCGGGAGAGGGGGGCGCCUUAUCAAAAGUGCCCCCUACGCCCCCAUCGCCCCGAAACCUCAUACCCUACGGACACAGGAAGUGCCACAGCUUGGGAUACAACUUCAUUCACAAGAUGAACACAGCAGAGUUUAAGAGCGCAACCUUCCCCAACGCUGGCUCUCGACACCUGCUGGACGACAGCGUGAUGGAGAUCCACACCCCCUCACGGGGGCAGGCUGAGAGCUCCACCCUCUCCAGCGGCAUCUCGCUAGGGAGCAGUGAAGGAUCAGAGCUCAGUGAAGAGACUUCUUGGCCUGCUUUUGAGAGGCACCGCUUCUAUCACUCGCUCGGCCCUGUAACAAGGGUGGCAAGGAACCCCCACCGAGGACACCAGAAAGCCAGCAGCUCUGCAGAGUCCGAGGACCUGGCAGUGCAUCUGUACCCGGGGGCCGUGACCGUGCAGGGGGUCCUGCGAAGGAAGACCCUCCUCAAAGAGGGGAAGAAGCCAACGGUUGCCUCCUGGACAAAAUACUGGGUAGCUCUGUGUGGGACUCAGCUCUUCUACUACCCUGCCAAGUCCCUGAAAGCCACGGAGAGAAAGCAUUUCAAGUCAAGCUCCAGUAAGAGCACAUCAGUGCUGGGCUGGAUGGCGAUGAUGGCAGAUGACCCUGAGCACCUGGACGUGUUCCUGCUCACAGACUCUGAGCACGGAAACUCCUACAAGUACCAGGCAGGGAACCGGAUGAAUGCCUUGCUGUGGUUUAAACACCUGAGUGCUGCCUGCCAAAGCAACAGACAGCAGGUUCCGACAAAUUUAAUGUCUUUUGAGUAGCUUCUGUGAACGAAGGACCAGGUGAACUGCUGUACAGAAAAGACUGUAAGGAUAUUGGGAGAGACUGAGACAGCAAUCACUAACAAUGUGCCACAGCAGAGCCCAGCCUCGCUGAACAAGGCAACUAAAAGCACUAACAUAUGAAGGGGAGCUGAGCCCUGCAGCUUUGGAGGGGAGACACUGAAGACUAUAUCAGAACUGCCAUGGACUCUGUGCCCACUUUGCACUGAACGUGACCUGUGGAACCACUGCCUUAAGGAAUGAGAGGGAAACAGAACAAUUAAAGAGACUUGACACCAAUUAGUGUGCAUGUCUGUUCCAGCAGUGCAGGUCACGGGUGUGUACGUUUACUACUGAAUCUGGAGGACCUUCUCUUCAGCUCCCCUCCCUUUUUGAAGACCUGGGUGUUUUGUGUUUUAACAAAAGGGAGGUGUCUUUGUCAGACUUCUUUUAUU